AUGAAGCUACAACUUGCCUAUCUUGCUGGCGUCAUUGCUCUCAGCAAUGCCUCUCCUUAUCCCACAUCAGUGAAAGCUCGUCAUUUUGAUGAGCCCGGUAGUCCAGAUAAACCCGAUCAAUCAUAUGGUUGUAACUGCACUGGUACAACUCCAGGCCCACUGCCAUCUUCCGCUCAAUACAUUUGCUAUGACUGGAGACUUGGGCCGAAAACACUUCCAAAAUAUCUUCCCCUAUCAAGCGAGCUUUCAUCAUAUGACAGAUUUGGUGGACUAACGCCCGGAGAAUUUCUCAAAAUCUGGUGGGAUCCCCAACUCAAUCCUCCACAUGGAAGUUUCAUAUAUCCCGGGGAUGUAACACCUGGGGACCAAGGCUUUUCGAUCGACAUAAAUGGGAAACCCAUCAGCGGGUUUGUAGAGCUGCCACCAAACACCUACUUAGACAGGUUUGGAAAAGAGACUGGUAUGUUUCUAUCCUCAGCCGACACGCCGUAUUCCCAACGAUCUCUACCUCCUUCGAAUCUCAACAAUCGACCAGAUGAUCCAGGGUUCCCUAACGACUAUCAUGUUUAUCGAACUACCCAAAAGCUGAUACUAAAUGCUGGACCUAUUGCUCCUUGGUUCGGUCAGCCAGGACUUGGAACGCAAUUUUAUUCGGGGCCUCGAACUAUCGCCGACUUGAUAGGCAACAAGACCUUAGAAAGGGUUGACCCUUCUGUUUUGAUAUCCAACAGACAGCAACAGAGUUGUGGUUACUAG